UCGCGCUACCGCCUCGCGGCGGAGCUCGCCGACGCCCUCGCCUACCUGCACCACCGGGCCCUGCCGGGCUACCGCGUCGUCCACCGCGACCUCAAGCCCGACAACAUGGGCGUGACGUCGCGGCGCCAGCUCAAGCUCUUCGACCUCGGCCUCGCGACGCUCACCGAGGAGCUCCACCGCCUCACGCCGGAGACGGGCACGCAGCGCUACCUGUCGCCCGAGUCGAUGCUCGGCCUGCCCUACAACGCCAAGGUCGACGUCUACGCGUUCGGCCUCGCGGCGCUCGAGCUCCUCUCCCUCGACCGGCCCUUCUCCAACCUCAACGCCAAGGAGCACCGUCUCUGCGUCUGCCCGCCCAUCAACCAGCGGCCGAGCGUGCCGAGGAAGUGGGACCCGGCGCUCCGCGCGCUCCUCGCCAAGUGCUGGGCGCCCGACAUCGCCGACCGGCCG